GAGGGAGGGAGAGAGUAGAAAGAGGGGAGAGGGGAGGAACAGUUCGCUUAAGUCUGGGAGGACUGUCCGCAUUUAAGGCAUUACCCUAUUAAAACCGCUGUUCUACUUGCGGUGAGUCGUAAGCUAGCUGCGACAGUCACACGUGCUGCAGACUGCAGUCGCUUGCACUACUCCUGUUGAACUUUCUGCCGACUUCGGAGCUUCAUGUCUAUACUGUACACUGUGCAUAUAAGCAACACUUGUUUAAUUUGUUUCACAACAUUUAGGCUAUUGUCCAAUUUAUUUUGCUAACCAGACAAUUCUUCAUGCAAAGUUUUGGUGUGAUUGUAUUUUGCGACAGGCACUGCAGUUUAACAGACUAGAGCUAUACUCUUGCUUCAAUGUUUAGCUAAAGAGGCAAGUCUCGAUCUGCAUGGAAUUUGUUGUGAUUGCCUACAUGUAGUUGUAACCUCUACAGUCCAACUGACAACAUGUAUGUUUUCAUUUUUGGAAAGUUGUGAGAAGCCUGUGGGGGAAUUUUGAAAUUCUCUUCUUGAGUUACAGGGAAAAUUGUAUUUUCUCCUCAUACUUCCUUCAUUGACUCCAACUGAAUGAGUUAUAAUGUUACUUUAUGAUGGAGUUGUUGUAAACGGUCUUUGAACUUUUAAGGGGAAACCACUCAGGAAACCAUCAAGUAUUGUGCGGCAGACGUCAAGGAAGUCUGUAAAAUCAAUAAAUCUAUAUUCGAUUCUGAUAUCAUAACUGAUUGAAUGAUCACAUGAGUAUGGUAGGCACAUUCUCUACGUUGCACAAUAUCAGAACCAUAUUUUCCUUGGGCAGAUCAGCGGGUAGGAGCGUAACAACCGCAUGAGUAACACGCAGAGGAGUCGAUCGAGAGCUGAGACGUAGUGGAGUGGACCGACGCAGAGUUUGGUGUGUGGGACUGUGCAGCCAGACAGACCGGCCAGUAGGAGCGGAACAACUGCAUGAUCAAGUAACACACUGGUGCUGAGAGUAGGGUUGUUCACGUAGGUGUGUGGAUUGGCCAACGCAACAUUUAAAGCGUGGGACUGUCCAGGGACUACUAAAGUGAACGAUAUUUUUUUACUGGAAGAUAUUUUUGGACAAAAGCAGAGUAAUUGGCCACAUGGUGUUGGUACUGCUUUUAUGUACUGCAAAGGAACCCGGAGUGGUGCUUAUACUUCAGAGGAAGGAAUUUUGGACAAAGUCAUCGAAUCUCUCUGUAGAUGUUUAGGAUUUAAAUCGAUCAUCAUGGCCAAUCUUCAACUCAACCAAGUCUUCAUAUUCCUCUUGACCACCUUAUUUAUUUCAAGCUGCAGUGCAGAAUUAGUAUUCACAGAAACCCCGUCAGACACCAAUGCUGUUCUGGGGGAUUCGACCGCUUUCCACUGCGCGGCGUACGACCUUCUCCGGAUUGGAACAGUCUACGUGGAAUGGAGUCACAACAACGUUCUUAUCAUCCCGACGGGCCGUUUUUUUGUCUUCCCAAACGGAACGCUUUAUAUUUCGACCACGCAGAACGGGGACGAGGGGUUCUAUAGCUGCACGGCACGGAUCGAGGAUUCACUUGGUGGCGUGUCGGAUACACAGACACCACCCGCUGCCUCGCUCUACUUUGCAUUUCUGGAUGAUAUCUUCUACCACCCGACCAACAUGACCGUGAUUGAUCUGCAGUCCGCUCCAGCUUACUUCCAGUGUAUCACCGGUGACAGUGUACCUCUAGCCGUCAUCACCUGGGAGAAAGAUGGAGUGCCGGUGAUCGAUGACCAGAUCAACAUAGUCAUCUACUCCUCCCAGUUCGGGGCCCAGGAUUCCCUCAAAGUCUCAGGAACCCUCCAAAUCAACAACGUCCGUUUGGUCCACGCCGGUCAAUACCAGUGUGUGGUCACCAAUCCCUUCCUGCCCUACCAGCCCAUACGGAGCCAAACGGUCACUCUGGCCGUUGAACCCAACCCUGGCGCCCCAUACAUCAGUCUAGCCCCGACCAGCGAGGUAGUCCCGACAGGGCAAGCGGCCAUCUUCCCUUGCGUCAUCCUGGGAGACCCGUUCCCAGUCAUCACCUGGCGCCGGGAGGGAGCAGCCCUAGACAUCAUGAACUCCACCGAGGUCCAGGUCCUCCUGAACGGUUCCCUGCGGUUCUCAUCCAUCACCCAGGCCCAGGAAGGGAGCUACGUUUGUACUGGGACCAGCAGAGUGGGGUCCGUGUCCGCCCCUAGCAUCACGCUCUUCACAGCAAGUAUGGAUUGGAACUUUGUGACGGAGCCCACAGACCUUGAUGUCCUAGAGGGGACACCUGCAACCCUGUUCUGCCGUGCUCCGCUCAGCAGACCUACAGCCAAUGUCACGUGGUUCAAGGAUGCCAUCCUCUACACCCCACGAACAGGAGCCCAGAUUCUGGAUGAAGGUGACCUUUAUUUCUCUGGAGCUGCGAAAUCAGACGAGGGAGAAUAUUUCUGCGUGGCCAGCAACGAUUUUAUUCCUCAACAAGUGACGUCACGUUCAGCAACCUUUACGGUAGCAGUUGGAACGAGCAUUGUAAUGCCUCCUAAUGGCACAGAGGUGGUUCUGGGUAACGAGCUGAGUUUGAUCUGCGAGGCAGAGGGUGACCCUAAACCUACCGUCACAUGGUACAAAGAUGGCCGACUUCUGACGCCGGAUGAACGCACUACCAUUGGGUCCAAUGGGUUACUUCACAUCCGAAACAUUGUCGCUAUCGAUGAAGGAACCUACCAGUGUGAAGCAGGCAACCAAUACAACAUAGACACAGCGUUAGCAUUUGUAAAUGUCCUCAUUCCACCUCAGAUCACAUCAAGCCCUGGCGAGGUCACCGUAGGUCAAGGGUCACAGACCACCAUGACCUGCACCGUCAUCGGAGACCCCGUCCCAACGGUCACAUGGUUCAAAGACGAUGUCCUACUCCAGGUCGACCCCUCCGGCCCGUCCUAUGUCCAGACCAACGCCGGACUGGUGAUCACUGGAGCGCAUCCUAUGCAUGCUGGAAGUUAUCGUUGCCGAGCAGAGAGCAGCGUUGGGAUGGCCGAGGCUACUGGAACGCUGGUUGUAUGGACUGUUCCCGAGUUCGUUGUGGAACCAGAAAACCAGACUGCUCAUGAAAACAUGGUAGUAACCUUCCAAUGCAAUGCCACAGGCACGCCGACUCCAGCUCUCUCCUGGUCGUUCAAUGAUGGCGCUCUACCGUCCUGGGCAAGUGUCGAUGAAGAAGGAAGAAGACUGAAUAUCGCAGACACUCUGCCCGAGAGUGCUGGGAGGUACACCUGCGAGGCGAGCAACGCUCAAGGAACGGUGACCGUAGAUGCAUACCUGGAUGUGUUCGUUGAGCCCACCGUGACACCACUCCCCAACAUGACCCUCCAAGCCGGUCAACAGCUGACCGUUGCCUGCCAGGCCAGUGGUCAUCCAGACCCUUCCUACACCUGGCUGAGCGGUCAAGACACCUUGCGGUCCAGGGGUAGGGUGGCGGUGACCGAUAUAGGGGUUCUGACCAUCGGAGAACUGAGCAAAAUUGACCAAGGAUGGUAUAGCUGUGUGGCCUCCAAUGGUGUCGGCAAUGGCAGGGAAUCAUUCUACCUUACUAUCAUUGGUGUUCCUGGUGAGCCUGCUAUCUUGGAAGCUUAUCCUCUGUCUGCCACUAUGGUGUACAUGGUCUGGAUUGCUGGGGGAGAUGUUGCUGAUACAACUCACUUUCAGAUUCAGUAUAGGCUGAGCACCUCACCAACUUGGCUGACCUAUGUGGAUAAUCUGGAAGCCAUGCCUGGUAACCAAACCUACACGCUUCGCAGCCUGGAUGAGAACAAGGAGUAUCAACUGAGGGUGGUGGCAAAGAACGCCGUCGGUCAGAUGCCAAGUACCCUGAAUGUCGUCACCACACCUUCUGUUACAGGUCCAUCAUCUCCUAGGAAUUUCCGUGUGACGUCAUGGAACGGGACAUCAAUCAGCCUCAUCUGGGAAGUCCCGGCUGAUAGGAACGCACCCAUCGAGAUCUACACGGUGGAGUACCACAAGACCAACACUACUGAUUUCAUGAUCAAAGAGAUCCCAGGCAGCGGUCAAGCCACCAUUACAGCCAUGGUAGGUGGCCUGAGACCACUGACCAGCUAUCAACUAAGGGUCAGCGCUACGACGCUACACAAAGGAGAGAGACAGCUUGGUAAUCACACAGACUAUGUGGAGCAGACCACUGGCACAGCAGCGCCUGACGGAGCCCCUACCAACCUGACCGUUGAGGCUUCAUCCUCGACAUCGAUCAGUGCAUCAUGGGAACCUAUUCCUGAACUCUACCAAAAUGGCGCUAUCACAGGCUACACGAUCAUGUAUAGAAUAUCUGGCAGUUUGCAGAACUUUACUGUGAAGGAGGUCACAGGUGCAGCAAACUCUGACCUCUUGACUGGCCUUUCACCUUGGACGACCUAUGAGGUCAAAGUUCAGGGGGUCAAUCGAGACGGCACAGGCCCUGCCAGCGAGAAUGCUGUGGCAAAAACCUUAGCUGAUGCACCAACUGAUGUUCCACAGAAUGUAGUAUUGUCAACUCUCAACAAAACUUCUAUCAGUGUUACAUGGGAGCCUGUUCCAGCAUCUGGUAGAAACGGUCUUAUUGACGGCUAUACCGUGUUCUACAAAGCAGAUGGUACUCCUAGCUUCAUUGAAGACAGUCUAGAUCCAUCAGAAACUUCACUUAUCAUUACUGAUCUGGACAUUGCUCAGGUAUACCAAGUACAGGUCCUAGCAUUCAACAUGGUGAAUGGAGAGAUGAAGAUUGGACCUAGAUCUGCAGUACAAUCUGUGACGACGGGUGAUGACCUUCCUGGUCCUAUCAAUGGGCUAACUGCAUACCAGGAACCGACAUCCAUCAGACUGCGAUGGAACCCACCUGUCGUUGCUAAUGGCCAGAUCCAGGGCUAUGCCAUCAAGUACAUGGCCAUGCGACGCAGCGACCUGACCUCGACAACACAGGCCACUCCCACCAAUCAGACAACAAGCCCCUCCCCCUUUACUACAGCGUAUGAAGGAACUACAGUCGCAGGUACACAGAACAGGACUAGAAGGCAGACAGUCAACACCUUUUCAAACGAGACCCAUGGCAUGAUCGAGACCACAGAGACCACGUACACCCUGACUGGUCUCCUUCCAGAGAGUAGGUACUGGGUGGGAAUCAUCGCCAAGACCAGUGUCGGCUUCUCAACUAACGUCGUCAGUAUCUAUGUCAUUACGGGUAAACUACCUCCAACACCAGAGCUGACCACGCCCAGCCCCGCCCUGACAACCACAAAUGCAACCAUGAUAGUUUCAUCCGGACUAGACUCGUUCUUCAAUCUCUUCAAUCUACCAAAGACAUCAUUGAUUCUCUUUCUGUCUAUCAUUGGCGUUGGAUUCCUGGCCAUCAUCUUGGCCAUCGCAGUCUUCUCGGCGUGGUGCAGUGGACGUCGACGACAUCCUCAUCACAUCAAGAGAAAAGCCACUCUCCUUAUACCAAAUGACGGUCGAUCAUCCCCUGGGGGCAGUAUGCCAAGUGAUGAUAUCAUUAUGGCUGGCCAUUCACGCUCUGCCAGCAGCAGUUCUGUCUCUCGAUCGCACUCCCCCAGCGCGGCAAGCAGCGGCCUGGCCGCAUCCUCGGAGCUUCCCUCGACGGCUGGGACGUCGCCAAUGAUGGAUUCUCAGCCCCUGAUCCACGACAGCAGCGGGAGCGACAGCCACAACUCCAGCCACCACUCUGACCCUAGCCGACCCCGGGCUAGCUCGUCCCCGGCGAGUGCCCAGCUUUCGGUGAGGGCGAUUCCCCCGCCACUGACCCUCCCCGCAACUGCCUCAGUCAACCUUUACCCCACCGCUCCAAACCCAAGAAACGGCAGAUUAAAUACAAAUAAUGGUUUGCUGGAUACUUCACCAGCCGGCUUAGAAGCACUAUAUUCAAGGGUAAACCGAAGCAACCUGCAAGCACCUUCACGAUUAAAGAAAGACAGUCUGGCGGCCAUAGCGGUCCUGCUUGACCAAGAGGAAAAUGAGUCUGACCUCCGACCCCUGGACAGUCCGCCCUCUGUGGUCAUAUCAAAUCAAAGGACAACAUUAUAGCCCGUUCCGACCAAUCAGAAUGCAGUAAUGCUUUGAAAAACAUUAUGGAAAAUGACCAAAGAACAAGAUUGCUAACUCAAAGCGAGUGGUGGUGAUUUUAAAUCUAUGUUGAAACUUUAUUUUCGAAAGUGGAUGUGCAAGCAAAGGACGACAUCAUCAGUUGUGCAGAUGUGUGCGUGAUCAUGUGACUGCAGCGCAAUCGAUGUGGAAUAUGGAUCGAAGUUGGGCGCAUGGAGCAGAUGCGAGUCUACAUCCCCAAGUUUGCUGGAAUAAUUUUCAGUAUUUCAUGUUUGUCCCACAAGCAUACGAUAGUGCCUAGUUUGAUGAGAAA